AUGGUGGCUCCGCCCCGGCUCGAGCCUUUUGUAAAGGGUCACGUUGCGCUGCAGCAGUGAAACAGGAGACCGCACCGCAUCCUCCGCACACAGCUCACCUGCUCUCUCUCUUCGCCCAGACACUCAUCAGCAGCCGCCAUGACUCACCAGUAUCCCGCACUGACUCCAGAGCAGAAGAAGGAGCUGCAGGACAUCGCAGAAAGGAUAGUAGCUCCAGGAAAAGGCAUCCUCGCAGCGGAUGAAUCCACCGGGAGCAUGGGGAAACGUUUUAGCCCCAUCGGAGUUGAGAACACGGAGGAAAACAGGCGUCGCUACCGCCAGCUGCUCUUCACAGCCGACCAGCGCAUCGACAACUGCAUCGGAGGCGUCAUCUUCUUCCACGAAACCCUCUACCAGAACACCGACGAUGGCACCAACUUCUCAAAGCUCAUCCGGGACCGGGGCCUUGUUGUCGGCAUCAAGGUGGACAAAGGUGUUGUGCCCCUCGCCGGAACCAAUGGAGAGACCACCACUCAGGGUUUGGACGGGCUGUCCGAGCGCUGUGCGCAGUACAAGAAGGACGGCGCGGACUUCGCCAAGUGGCGCAGCGUGCUCAAGAUCAGCGACACCACGCCCUCCGAGCUGGCCAUCAUGGAGAACGCCAACGUUCUCGCACGAUAUGCCAGCAUCUGCCAGCAGAAUGGCAUUGUUCCCAUCGUGGAGCCUGAGAUCCUUCCUGACGGAGAGCAUGACCUGAAGCGCUGCCAGUACGUCAGUGAGAAGGUCCUGGCUGCAGUGUACAAGGCGCUGUCAGACCACCACGUGUACCUGGAAGGGACUCUGCUGAAACCCAACAUGGUCACAGCCGGACACUCCUGCCCCACCAAGUACAGCAGCGAGGAAAUCGCCAUGGCUACCGUGACCGCCCUGCGCCGCACCGUGCCUCCCGCUGUCACAGGAGUGACAUUCUUGUCGGGUGGCCAGUCUGAAGAAGAGGCCAGCAUGAACCUUAACGCCAUCAACAACUGCCCACUGGCCAAGCCCUGGGCCCUGACUUUCUCCUACGGGCGCGCCCUGCAGGCCUCCGCCCUGAACGCAUGGAGAGGCCAGCCAAGCAACGAGAAGGCCGCCACCGAGGAGUUCAUCAAGCGCGCGGAGGCAAACGGUCUGGCCGCGCUCGGCAAGUACGAAGGUGAUGGAAGUGGCGCCGCCGCAGGACAGUCCCUCUACGUGGCUAAUCACGCCUACUAAACAUCUGCCACAUUCCACUGUGGUCCAGUUAUAGUCUAAUAUCUGCUCUGCUUUUCCCACUCACUCCUCUGCCAAUCACAGGCCUGCGCUGUCUACUGUACUUUAGAGUUGUCAGAGUCAAUACAAAUGACAUGAUUAGAAGUGUAUUUAACAACAUGAUGUGAAACUAACAUUCUAAAGGGAACAGGCUUGUUUUUUUUUUUUUUUUAAACAAAUCAAAACAGGACAAUUUAUGACUAACGUGGACAAUAUUUUGUGUCAGACGGGAAGUCACAGGCUGCUAAAUUUAAACGGUAGAUUGUGGUAAUCAGUCAGUAUUCAAUUCAUGCCUCUUCUUACCUGCCCCUGUCUUGCCUUCUCCCCAACACCAUAAAUCUUGAGCCGCUCCCAAGCAGGGAGGUGUGUGUGUGUGUGUGUGUGUGUCGGUGUUUCGCUUCAGUCAAAACGCAGCAUUGGCUCGACCAUAAAGCGCUAUGUCAACAUCCUGCCUGACGGGUGGACAUAUUGAUUAUUAGUGAAAUCGGCAUAUCCAUUAAGGGCCAAGAGAGCAAGACAACCAGUGAGAAAGACAUUGACGUCUUGAGAACGAGUCGGUCUUUUGAGUGCUUCGUUGUACUUUCGGUAAGCCGCAUCUCCAGCAGGGGUUUGUAGACCCUCACCAGGAUUCAUCCCAAUCUAAUCUUUCUGUUCACACGCCUAAUAAUCAUCACAAAAACAUAUUGUGUGUCUAUUCUGAGUAAUAAUAUUAUAUUUAAAUUACAUCCAGUCAUUAAUGUAUUCAGUUGUGUGAUGGUGUCGAUAUUACGUGAUGCUUGUGUGUGUCAGCCCCCCCUCCUGAUCGCCCCAGCCUGCCCCACGGGAGACGAGAUGGUUUCUAAUGACAUGAAUGUGGACCAAUUUGUGGCGUUUGAGGGGGGGGGAAAAUCAGUUACUGCUGUGUUGGAAUACUGUGAUACUGUUUGUGAUGUUAAUAUUGUUCUUGAAUCACUUGUGUGUCAAAUAGAGAAAAAUAAACCUACAAACUAAAAAAAA